GGUUUCUUUUAUUUACAAGUCCGAGCUGUAUUGAUCUACAUCUAAUAAUUUGACUACUAUUAUUAUUAACAUUAUUAUUAUUAUUAUUGAAUCCUCUGUAUGCUAUCGGAGCCCCCCUUCUCUCUCCUUGCAUCCCUGCAUCCCUCCCUUCCUCUCUCCCUCCCGGCAGUGCAUCCCCAUCCCCCACACGGUGGCCGUCUCUUCGGGUGAAAGCUGUCUUCCCUGCGCCACUGGCCCGACAAAACGUUGCUGUAGCAGAGCCAGUCCGCACCGACCGGAGGCAGAGCAGACACACGGGAGAAAAGCACGUACACACACGGGGAAAAAAUCUUUUUUCUUCUUCGACAGAGUGACUUUGAUUUGCAUAUCCACUUCCACUCCUUCCUCAUUUGCAUACAGCAAGAAUGGCGAGCGGGCAUCCCACAGACAAAUUCAGUUUCAUGUAUCAACCAGACACGCACAAGAGUAAGAACAGGUUAUCUUCAGCCAUGAAUCCAGUCUAUAGCCCUGUUCAGCCCGGCACCCCCUAUGGAAACCCUAAGAACAUGGCCUUUACAGGCUAUCCAGGAGGGUAUCCUGCGACGGCUCCCACCUACACACCCAACCUCUAUCAAACAGGCAGUCCUGGGUAUCCACCAGCGUCCCAACUUUAUUGGAAUCCGGACCUAAUUAAGAGUUUAACAUCAGGUACACAAGGAUAUACUUCAGCAGGCACCCCAUACAAAGUGCCCCCCACUCAGUCAAAUGGAGCGCCUCCUCCCUACACCCCAACCCCCACCCCAUACCCAACAGCGAUGUACCCCAUCCGCAGUGCCUACCCUCAGCAGAACAUAUACGCACAGGGAGCGUACUACACCCAGCCAGUGUAUGCGGCUCAGCCACAUGUGAUCCAUCACACCACCGUGGUGCAGCCUAACAGCAUCCCCUCCACAGCCCUGUACCCCGCCCCAGUCCCUGUACCUGCUCCACGCAACAACGGAAUGGCUGCCAUGGGGAUGGUAGCCGGGACAACCAUGGCCAUGAGCGCAGGGACCCUGCUGACAACGCCCCAGCAUCCCCAGAUUGGAGGACACCCAGUAACUGUGCCAACCUACAGGCCCCAAGGGACACCUGGGUACAGCUACGUACCGCCUCACUGGUAGAGCCCACCCAUCAUAUCUGGAGUCCACCAUCGUAUGCAACUGCUCAGAUCUUACACGGGCUCCCACUGGCAACCAUAGGAACUCGGCACCUGUCUGCAAGAACAAAACUAAAGUGCAACAGCCACUUUAAUAUUAUUGUUAUUGUUAUUAUGCGACAUUCUCUAACGUUUUUUCCAGAAGCUGCUUUUAUUUUUUUAUUUUUUUUUCUCUGUUCAUUUGCCAACCAGUCAUUACCUUUUUAAUUUUUUUUGUAUGGGUAUUUUUUUUUGUUAUUAUUAUUUUAUUUCCUCACUUUUCUUUUGCUGUGUCUGUCAUUGGAUCUUCAGAAGGACUCUUGACCAAUCACGGGUGUCAGUUGCUUCUGUUUCUGUGUUGUGCUGGUGUGUGUGGUCCUUCCUGCUGCUGUCGCUCAGUUGGCUGGAAAAUAUCGGGCACUUAUUCAUCAUCAUCAUCUCCAUCAUCUCCAUCAGUCACUACAAAGACUUAUUGACUUAAUGCUGCCAAAUUUUCUAACGACUAGAUAUCAGCACAGGGUUUUAACAUAACUGGGAUUUUUCUUUGUUUGGGUUAUUUAACGUUUCUCUUUAUUUUUUUUAUUUUUUCUUUUUAUUUUUAAUCACAAUCAGCAAAAUUCCUUUUUUUUUUCUCCUGCCUGUAUUCUUCCUUUUUCUUUUUUGGUUUAAUCUCAGUCGUCUUCCAGCGCGUAGCUGUCUGUCCGGCGGUCCAUCAUCCCUUGCGUUACGUCUCCGUGUGAGUGUUGUGUCGCUUUGAGCAGAGCACUUACUGACCCAUCCUGCUGUGUGUCCCUCUGUGUUAGCAUUAGUACUAAGUACACACUAAGAAAACAUGACCUACUUCAUGCUACAUACUAUGCAGGCUAGUAUGUCGUGACACUCUUGAAAUCUUAGCGUAGGUCAAUACAGAGAAAAUGUACAAGUAUAAUAAGGUGUCAACAGCGUGGGUGGUCGUGCACACUCUCGCACACAUAAGCAUGCACACACACAGGGGCUCCUGUGUUGUGUAGUGGCACUUACUGCACAAUACCUCCAAUUACUGAUCAACACACACAACAUGUAUUUCUCGGGGGUGGGGGGGGCAUGGUAGACGGCAGAGAAGGAGUUUAAAGGGAUUGGCACUCAGAGAGGAGAGCAGCUGACAAUGACAAAGAAAGAAAGGAAGGAGGAGGGGAUGACAUGUUCACAGUCGGUCAUUUCAUUUCAAGGUACAAGACAUUUGAGCUUGUGACGGCUCAUCUGCAAGAGGCCACGCAAAAACACACUGCUAGUUUUGCACUAUAUGUAUUGUGCGUUGAUUUUUCUCCUUGUGACCGUAUUGUCUCCUCCUCCCUCCUUCUUCCAGACAAGGAUGUAUAACCAAACAGCAACCAGACAUCCAGACUCGAGUUUAAUAAUGGACCAGUCAAAUACAUGUGCUGAUAGACUUCCAUUCCACAGUGUCAUGAAAGACCAAACGAUGACAUAGAUGGUUGUGCAGAUUGUGUCCGAUCGAAAGGCUGUGAUGUGUUUACACCUGGUCCAUGUCAGAGGGGAUGAUUUGUUAAUCUCAGAAUUUGGGUCCAAAUGUUUAACCUGAGAGGAAAAUGAGAGUGCUGUCCUAAAAAAAAAAAAAAAAGAGCUGGUUUUAAUGUUCGUUGCUAUAAAUGACAAAAAGACAUUAGUGUGAGUGCAGAGCUGUGAUGAUGCAGCUCAGUCCAGCACAGACUUCAGGAGGCUUUUUAGACUUCUUUUUAAUUUUUCACGACAAAGAAUCAUCCAUUUGUUCUCUGUGCUCUGAGAUUUACACAUCUGCUUUUACUGACUGCUUUUAAACAUUCUCCAUUUUUUUUUUAAUCCAGCAUAACUUUUAGCUUUUAUGGGAAGCUUCUUGAGCUGAGGAUGAUAUUUGAGCCAAUGAGACAUGGACCAUAUACAGCCAUCUUCUGUUGCCUUUUUCUGCUUCUACGUGUAAAGGCAUUAAUGUACACGGAAAGGCAUUGAUGACCUAUCUUAAUCAGACACUACAAACGCACCGAGUAGUAGUGGUGGUGGGGUUUAAUAUUUAGGUGAGGCCUGUGGUAUUUUUAUGAAGAUUUACAACAAAAAAGAUAGACUCAAAUCACGACAUUUUGUGGUGUAGAGUGCAGAUUGGUCUAAAAAGCAUUUACUGUGCAGGUAUGUAGAUGAAGUGGUUUGAUAAUGCAAUAAAAUAAGAGGGGAUGCCUCCAACAGUGAUUAAUUUUAUCAGCGUUUUGAAUUGAUUUUAAAAAAAAGAAUGCUUAUUGUAAUCCCUUAAAUGUGGAUUACAGGCUCUGUAUGCAGCAACCAUUCAAUAAUAAUUACUGCUAAUAAGAGUAGAACAUAUCAAGAAUUUGGGUAUGGAAUAACUUUGUGAGGAAAUAUUGCACAACAUAAGACAAAAAAAAAAGUUGAUGACUAUAAUUUAAUGCUAAGUAACAGGUACCUAGGCUUUGUAGUGCAGGAGGGAGGAAGAUUUAUAUUGUAAUUAAAAAUAAAAACAAUAAGGUCGAGUGUUUGAGGUAUUCUUAGUCCAGAUGUUUGUACACUAGUAGGUUAAUUCUCAAGAAAAUAUUACCUAAUGCCGCUGUCGGAUGAAAACCUUGUCAAUUUUUUUUUUUUUUUUUUUUUGCCUUAUUUUCAAAACGACCCCGGUCUUUAAGAUUUCGAGUGGAUGUUACCGGGUCACGAAGCGCAGCCACCAUGUAAGGAUGGCGUAUAUUAUUUUAAUUCAAGCCAGUAAAACUGAAAAGAUGCAGAAACUGGAUUUUCUUGCGACAGCAGUAAUGUUACUCGUCAUUAGGAUUUAUUUAACCAACCACUACUCCUGUCAGUAUUUCUCAGUUAAAUCUUGUGUUUUUGGGUUUUUUUUUUUCUCUUCUUUCCCUCUGGUCAAUUGAGCAUAAUGGGUAUGCAUAAUAUUCAGGUGUAUUUCACUAUAGCAUUGGAUCUCUAAGUUAAAAAAAAAAAAAUGCAGUAUAUUUAUACAGCAAGUGGUACAGUAAUGUAUUUCUAGCUAAGCAUGGUUGCAUCAGUGUGGCAGCUACUGUUUGUGCUUUUAAUAUAUUUUGUUUUUACCUCCUCUUCUGCAUCUCUGUCCUCUACAUAUCUGUCACUGAGGGGGAGGGAGGGGAGAAGUCGAGACAAGGUCGUGUACAUAAACUUGUGGAAAUUGUUGUCACAAAAUUCCCACUUUUUAUAAUUAUCACCUGGA